CUCCAGUCAGUCAUUCAGUGGCUCACCACCGUCCUGAGCAGAGGAGCAAGAGAGAGACCCAAGAGGCGGAGGAGGGCUGAAAGACAUCUUCCAUUCCAAACUGGUCAACUAUGAACGCUGUUGACUUGCCUCCUAUAUUUGAACUUGUAGAAGUCGAGAACCUCACUGAAGCCAAUCUCACUUGCAGCAAUGGAGACUGUAUCACUGUGGACUCCUUAUCAUGCCCACCUACCCUCAACAAGACUGCCCUGCUCUACACUCUCUCCAUCUUUUAUAUCUUUAUAUUUAUGAUAGGCCUCGUGGCCAAUUUUGUGGUUGUGUGGAUGAACUUCCAGGCCAAAACAACUGGCUACGAAACUCACCUCUAUAUCUUUAAUCUGGCAGUUGCUGACCUCUGCGUGAUCAUCACUCUUCCAGUCUGGGUGAUCUCCCUUAUCCAGAAUAGUCAGUGGCACAUGGGAGAAAUCACUUGCAAGAUUACUCACCUUAUGUUUUCUAUCAACCUCUAUGGGAGCAUCUUCUUCUUGGCCUGCAUGAGUGUGGAUCGUUAUCUCUCUGUGGCCUACUUCACAACCUCCAGCAAUGCUAAGAAGAAGAGACUCCGCCGUUGCAUCUGCAUCUUUGUGUGGCUUUUUGCCUUCUUUGUGUCUCUUCCCGAUACUUAUUACCUUAAGACGGUUUCUUCCAACAAUGAAACUUACUGCCGCCCUGACUAUCCAGAGGAGAAUGCCAGGGAGUGGUUAGCUGGCAUGGAACUGAGCUCUGUUUUUCUUGGUUUUAUCAUCCCCUUUCCUGUCAUUGCCAUUUUCUACUGUCUUCUAGCAAAAACAGUAUCAGCCUCUAAUGACCAGGAGAGAAAGAGCAAUGGGAAAGUAAUUUUCGCCUAUGUCAUCGUCUUCCUUGUCUGCUGGCUGCCAUACCAUGUUGCUGUCUUGCUUGACUUCUUCCUGGCCUUUCAUUUCAUACCUUUCAGCUGCCAAAUGGAGAACUUCCUUUAUGCAGCCCUACAUGUCACUCAGUGUUUCUCCCUGGUUCACUGCUGCAUCAAUCCCAUACUCUACAGCUUCAUCAACCGAAACUAUAAGUAUGAACUCAUGAAAGCAUUUAUCUUUAAGUACUCAGCUAAAACUGGACUUACUAAGCUGAUUGACACUUCCAGGGUUUCAGAAAUGGAGUACUCUGCUCUGGAUCCAAAUGUUAAAUAACUGUGGCCUCACAAACAGACAAACAAAAAACUUUUUUUCAUGCUUUGUCUUUAACUGGACAAUAAAUAUGACUUAAUGUAAAACAAAUAGCAAAGGUGGGGGAUAUAAAACUGUGGAGAAAAACACAUACUACCAAAAUACUGCAUUUAAAAUACUGUUUUACCCACUGUCAGUUAAUCCACAUGAUCUUCAGUUAAUCUAGUGGAGAAACUGUGCAGUAAACAAAGAGGAGCUUGUAAAAUAUAUUUUU